AUGAAUCAGACACAAAAUAUUAGCGUCCUCCAGACGAAUAUAAACCACUGUGCGGGGGCUCAGGACCUCCUACUGCAGUCUAUCGCGCAGUGGCAGAUUGAUUUGGCCGUGGCAUGCGAGCCAUACUUCGUCCCCUCGCAGGCAAAUUGGGUUGGUGACACCGAUGACUUGGUGGUAGUAGUGUCUGCAAACAGCGCUGGCCCCUCUCUUUCAGCUGUCGAAAGGGGCCCGGGGUACGCGGUAGCUAGAUGGGGGGAGUACAUUAUCGUCGGGGUGUACUUCUCGCCUAAUCGUCCACUGGCUGAAUUUGAGGCUUUCCUCGACUCCGUCAGUGAGGCUGUUCGCAGACACAACGUAGGGCGCACGUUGGUACUUGGCGAUUUCAAUGCUAAAAGCCAAGCUUGGGGAAGUCCGGCCACUGACGCCAGGGGCAGGGCUGUACAGGUGUGGGCUGUGCACCAAGGACUCAACCUACUUAACAGAGGGACAACCUACACCUGUGUUCGCGAAGAGGGGGGAUCCAUAGUGGACUUGUCGUUUGCCACGCCUUUGGUCGCUGACAGAGUCACUGGUUGGAAGGUCUGGGACUGGGUGGAGACCUUGUCAGACCAUAACUACAUCAGAUUCAAGGUCUCCGCUCCUGGUGUUACUCCUAUAGUUCCCUCCCGGGGUUCGAAUUGCUUCCCACGGUGGUGUUUGAGUCAGGUGGAUCGUGAACUGGCGAGAGAGGCCGCCAUAGUUCAGCGUUGGUCGUCUCUCACCUUCGACGGGGAUACCAGCGUGGAUACGCUUGUGAAUCGUCUACACGAAGACCUGACCGUGGUAUGCGAUUCCUCCAUGCCGAGGGCCCGCAGAUGGCAUCGCCGCAGGAGAAAUGGUCUGUAUAUGGUCCUAGAAGAACAGCUGCGGGAGGUUUACCGUCAGGCUAAGAAAGCCUUACAAAUAGCGAUUCGGAGCAGUAAGGAGCAGGCCCGGGAGGAGCUGCUGGAGGACUCUCCAGCCGGAGUUCCUGCGCCGGGUGGUCGAUGA